AUGGAGACCUCCACCACCACCUGGCGAAUCAACCUUGCAUCCGACCUCCGGGAGGCGCAGGAACGAAACGCGCGGGAGGUGCGCGAGGAGCCGGAAGCCGCUCGCAGGGAGAAGGCGGAGGCAGACAAAGCGGAGGCCGCCGCGCUGAAGAAGCUGGCGGAGGCUGAAGCUGAUGUCGCAGCGAAGAAGUUGGCUGAAGAGGUCGCGCACCGUCAGGCGCCGUUAUUCGUCAUUCCCCUGAACUCCGCGCCGCCACCACCAGAGUUCACGGCGCCGAUUGGGGGAGCCGGCGAUGACCAUCCAGCCAUGGAGAGGGAAGGCGGCGAUGUCGCCAUGCCAGAGGCAGACGCGCCUCCACCACCGCCGUCUGGAGGAGCGCAGGACCACCAGCCGGCUGGCCCACCGGUACAGCCAGCUGGAGGCGAGAUGGCGACGGGCCCGACUCCCGAGGCCCACACACCAUCACGCCGCCGAGGCGCGAAAGCGGCCUCAGCGCCACGACCGCUGGAAGCCGGCGUCGCGAGCUCAUCAGUCCCAGAUGCCGAAGCGACCAGCGCCGCGCCCGCUUACUGGGUGCGGGGAGGCGGGAUGGGAGCCUUAAACAAGGCGGUCCUAGACGUCCAGGCCAAGCUCCGAGCUGAGGCCAACGCUCUCAACCAUUGCAACAAAGCGUUCUUGGAUUCAUGA